AUGAAUGUCCCAGGAGUUGUGAUCCCCAGUGUCUAUUGUGAUCGGAUGGAACGUCUCUUGACUGAGUUUAUUACGUAUGCUAGAGACGACACAGAUAGAUGGCAAUUGCAGACUCAGCAACGAGGAGUUCACGUCUACGUACGUCAAGCUUCUAGACUAGGAGUGCUCAAAGGUGUGGGGUUUAUUGCUCAGCACCCGUACAAGGUACUGGAACUGGUGCUAGAUCUUUCAAGGCGACACACGUACGACCCACAGCUAUUGGCUACGCAGCGUGUACAUGUCUUUAAUGAUCACACGUGGGUGGACCAUUUAACGUACAAAGCUGCGUUUCCUGUUGCUGCAAUGGAAUUUGUCAACCUCACGCAUUGGCGCGUAUUGGCUGAUGGAUCCAUACUCAUUGUGGCGACCGACGUGGGCGACAAUACCUUUGUCAAGAACCAGAAGCCGCACAUUGUGCGCAGCAAUAUCAUCAUGACUGGAUUUUUAAUCACGCCCAAUGAGGACUACACGGGCGUCAAUGUCACGUACAUCACCAAGGUGGACGUGAAAACGGGCAUCUCCGCCAGUUUACAGACCAAGAUGCUCAUCAAGCAGGCAUUCGUGGUGAAUAGACUGCGCAAGGUUCUGGAUCAGGACGAGAGCCUUCGGCAGUGUGAGCGUGUCACGAACGCUACACUGUUGAACAUUUCUACGACUGCGUGUGUUGAAGACGAGAAUGAAGAAGCUUCUGCAAUGCGAUUACAAUCAACGAAAACUCAGGAUCAAAACAGCCAACGCGAGCCUCUUUUAAGUGGGUGCCCGGUGGUUGUUCCGGAAGAGGGCUUCCCUGCUGUCUUGGAAGAAUACAGCGAGAUUAUCGUGAAGACAGUGGCACAGAUGGAAGCUGAAUUGAACAACGAAACGUCAUGGGACUUCAUUGGAGACAAAGAUGGUGUCAAAGCCUACACCAAAGUGGACGGCUCGCUGACAGCGGCCAAGGGUGUGGGCUUUUUGCCGUAUCACCCGCGUGUCAUUUGGGACCAGUUUAUUGACGCCACCAAACGAAAACUCGUGGACCAUCAGCUUGCUCUUGGCAGGAAGCUAAAAACAUUGGAUGCACAGACCCAUAUCGACUAUCUAGAGUACAAGCCCAUCUUUGUGGUCGCUGGUCGCGACUUUUGCAACCUCGUGCAUUGGCGCGUGCUUCCUGGUGGCACAAUUAUUGUGGUCGUGCAGAGUAUUGAAGAUCUGGAGCUCUGCCCGCUCAAAGAACCUAAGGUCGUUCGCGGUGAUCUGCACCUGGCUUGCACCAAGAUAGUGCCUAAUGCGGCGUAUGACGGCGCCAUGGUGACUACCAUGGUCAAAACAGAUCUCAAAGGCAGCAUUCCUGCUCGCAUUGCUGGAAAAGUAGCGGCCGAGCAGCCGUUUGUUAUUUCCCGGAUGGGUGAGAUUAUUAAAGCAAGACGCGAUCUCGCCGAGGUGGCGGCGCAAGGAAAGUUAACCAACACGGUGUUCGAGCUUCCGAACAAGCAGUCAUUAUCAUCAGGCUCGGUAAAAACGGUCAGGUCCUCCGUCAUAAAGGGAGCGGCAGGAAGCCGCAAUCUGGGUACUUCAUUGUCUGGUUCUGCAACUUUUCAGUUUUCAGGGAAUCUAUCGCGAAUGGACACAUUUCCAAGAACAUCAGGUGGAAAGCUUAAGGUGUCAAAAACGCAGGCGAGCAAGCCGGAGACAAUUGGGGUGUCGGUCGAAGUGAUGGACCAUUUGAAAACGGAGCAGAAGACCAUGAGUGACGUUGCAAUGUACGCUAUUCAAUUUGGAGGUGCAAUUCUGGCGCUAAAAAGUGUCGAUCUUCCCACAGCUAUGCACUUUGUGAUCCUGUCAAUUCUCUUCUUCGCAUUAAAAGCUCACGUCGGUCCAAGUCAAACGUCGUCUCAAAGGAAAACGAUGAUCUCAACUUUUGGACCACCAGACAGCGACAUGAUUUUCGGUACACUACAGCUGGACAUGACUAAAGCUAACCAGUACAUCGCAGCGCGCCGAAUAAAUUCUGAUUGGCAUCUUACAGCCACGCACAUUGUGCUUCUUGCUUUGGGCAAGGCUUUGAGCAUGGCCCCGUAUAUGAAUGACCAUUUGGUUUUUGGUAGCUAUUACCCCGCUCCUACGGUGGACAUCUCUUGUCUGGUUGCGCUUGGUGACGGCAAAGACUUUGGAGUGUGCCGACUCCGUGAUAUUGACAAGAUGAACUUGCAGGACGUCGAUAACUGUCUGCGUGGCGUUUCUACUAAAAUGUGUAGUGACCAGGGGGACCGAAAAAAAAGCAUGAGUUUGCUGCCAACCUGGGUCAUUCGGCUCAUGCGUAAUGUCUUCGGGUGGCUUGGGGGUGCCUGUGGUGUUCGCAUUCCACAGGUGGGUAAAGAUCCGUUCAUGUUUGGCAGCUGUAUGGUGACAUCCGUCGGCAUGAUGGGGUUGGACAUGGCGUUCUCUUCUAUUCCAUUGUAUUCGCAAGUGCCCAUGCUCGUGAACAUCGGUUCAAUCUUGGACAAAGCCGUAGUUGUGAACGACAAGGUUGAAGUGCGUCCAAUGCUAACACUUACCACGACAGUCGAUCAUCAGUACGCGAACAGUUGUGAGGUGGCUCGUAUGGCCAAGAGCCUCAAGGAGUUUGUCGAGAACCCGAGCUUGCUUGAGGUUAUUCACGGUGCUUAG